UACAAAUACAAAUAUAUUAGAAAUAUCAAUAAAAAUACUAUAUGCUGUACAUUGAAAUGUAUAUAAUCAUAACACAAUGAUUUAAACUUUACUUUUCAGUAAAUAUGUCAUCCGACAGCAAGCUGUGACAAAAAUAAAAGAAUUGUAAGGUAUUUAUAUAAUUUCAAAAGUCGGUGGUAUGUUUAUAACGGUAAAAUAUUGAAAAUUAGGGUACGUGAACAUUUGUCUUCAUCAAUAUAAUGUGAAAAAUUAGAAAAAUUGGCUGAAUUACAAUUUAACAAUAAUAGUAAUCAGCAUAUUCUGGAUACUUGAGAUGUUUUCUGUUCGUGUAAAGUUUGUUGUCAUUAGAUAAGAAUUUCGUGUUCAUGUUGAAAAAUCGCCCGAAAAACGUAGUAAUAGGAUCGUGUCUUUCGUCGAUAUAAUUGUGGUUUACAAAUAGAAAUUAGAUUAAUUUACCUCGUUUCGACUUGUAUUUUUAGGUAUGUGCUACGUUGGGAACAAUACUUCUCAGCAGGUCGAAGAGUUUUUUACCGCCUCCUUUGUACUCGUUACACAUAUUUUUCUCGAGACUGUAAACUUCAUGUUUCUUAUACGAAGGGCCGCCCCAUGGGGGAGACGUCAAUAUGACCCGUGGCUUAUAUUUUUUUAACGUUUCUGCAAUACCGAAGAAAUCUCCCUGUAUAAAUGUAACUUUGUCUCUGACUCCAUAAAUCUCUGCGUUUCUUUCGGCGAAUUCUAAUUUUUUAGCAUCGAUAUCCACAGCGAUUACUCGUGUGUAUCUCUUGGCCAAUUGGAUGACGUUCCCACCAGCUCCACAAAAUGGAUCCAUAGCGACGUCUAGACCAGGACAUCUCAACGCUAUAUGUGUGCUUAAGAUCUCGGGACAAACAGAAUAAAAUGAUUCUGAAAAUAAAAAGUCUAACCUGCGAAGAAAGAACAUAUAAGCUCUUGUGGAAGCCAUCUAGUCUAUAAGUCUCAGUCGCGUCGAAAUCAAAUUUCAAAAAUCUUGAAAACAACGCGACAUUCGCAAGUCGAACAUAUUGACUAUUUCCAAAAAUAGCCGUCGAAUUCACUUGCAAUAAUUAUGGAACCGUUAGAGAGAGGAGAUCGGAUCGUCAUAAGAUAUUAUGACUACUUGCAAAAUUUAACCGUUAUCAAAGUAAAUGACAAGAAUCGUGAACAGCCCGAAGAGUAUCGAGUUAAACUCCGAGGAAUAAGUGGAGAAUUUUUUGACACGUCCUCUAUGAAUAUACUUACCAAUGUCAUCAAAAAGAAAGAAAUAUUUAACAUCGCACUCAUUGACAAAAACGAACUCGUAUUAACAUAUUCAACAUCUCAAAAAUGUCUCAACACUCAGAUUUGGAAUGCUGAGAAUUUGAAACCCAAAAACGUCGGCAAUAAAUAUGAGAAGACUUAUGCAAAGAAGAACGCAUAUAAACCUGGACUUAAGCCGAACAAUUACGCAACAUAUAAUGCCAAACGUUAUACGGCCCAAGAUAGACUAAUGAAAUACCGUAAAACUGAGGAGCCACAAAUCGUUCAUCAAACAAAUAAAUUCAAACAGCCCGAAAAUAAACAACUGUACAACACCGAUAAUACACGUUAUUCAGCUCAAGACCGACUUAAACAAUACAAGAACAUCGUUACUUCAAAAGAACCGCAGCUUACACAAUACGACAUUAAGACCACAGAUAUGAACCGAUGUGAAAUUGAAGAAAAAUGUUGCAAAGAACAAAAUCUCAGCACUGACAUAACAGAAGACCCGUGUACUAAGAAACGUACAUUAAAACUAGGCGAGACGCAAAAAGUUAGUUAUUUAUAUUUAUCAUACAAUCAAUCUAUUAUUACAAUAAUCUUUCCACAGAUAAUGAUAGUUCAAAAACGAACGAAGACAUGUUAUCUGGUACACACGAUGGAGAGUAGAAAGUCGGUAAUCACCUUGUGUGAUAAACUACGCAAAAUUGAAAAUAACUUAAAACGUAUCGAGAAAGUUGAGAAGUACGACAUGUGCUUGAUAUUUUUUGGCGCUGAAUGGUACCGUGGGAAAAUUAUGGACGAGACGAACGAUGGUAUGUUGAAAAUUUACUUGAUUGACACAGCACAAGUGAUGUUCUUUAACCGAAAAGAAGUCUAUGAGAUGCCAAAACACUUCGAAGGAGAGUCAUUAUUAAUUGAAAUCGUCGUAACACCUCCGCCAAAUGAAAUGCUGACUACAGUUUUUGCUAACGUAGAAGCAAUAAAAAAUAUUGGACCGAGUACGGUGGUGAAACUGAUUUAAUUACAACUUGCUAUACUGCCUCAUAACUCCUAUUAAUUUGCAUUCGACAGUCAACGGAAGAUUACGUGCUGACAAUGAUGUCUUUUUCCAUUAAAAAUACUCUUGUUUAUUUAUUAUGAACUAUUUGCAUUUUCAUCCGACUUCUUUAUUUAUUGUUUAUAUAUUUGUUUGUAGUUACAUUAUUUAAUUUUUCGUUUUUUUGCUAUUUUGUUAAUUUUUUUUGUUCAAUUAUCUGUUUAAUUUAAAUAAAGUUGUUUGACACUUAUAAAACAUUGUUAUCAUCUAAUUUUACCUUACUUAUUUUGUACGUCAAUUAGUUAAUACAAUUUCAAUUGUAAAUUUGCCAAAA